GGCGGAGUCGCGCGUGGAGGCGCGUUUCGGCGGCUGCGCGUGGCCGCGGCUGUCGAUCGGGCUUGUCCCGCUCGCAAUGCCGCAGUCGAGCCGAGGUAUCAUAUCGGGUGGCGGCGAUCUUUCGGAUUUAAACAUACGUUAGAGCCUUACAAUCUUUUCAAAAAUUUGAUGCUCAGAAUUCCCCAGCAACGCCAGUUACCGGGAGGCUGAUUUCAGAAAAUGAAGAGUUUACUCGUUUUUGACUUUGACCACACGAUUGUAGAUGGGAACAGUGAUACUUGGAUUGUGAGAUGUACUCCUGAAAAGAAACUUCCAGAUUGGCUUCAGAAAAAAUACAAUGGAAAACACUGGAAUGAAUACAUGAGACAAGUGUUUGGUUACAUUGGAGACCAAGGAAUCAAAGAACCUGAAAUAAAACAGGUUAUGGAAUCCAUACCAUAUUGUUCAGGAAUGGUCGAUCUCUUGAAGUUCAUCUGCCAAAUCAAGAAACAUGUUGACUGUAUAAUUAUUUCUGAUUCCAACACAGUUUUUAUCAAUUGGAUCUUAGAAUUUACAAAUACAAGGUUAGCUUUUGAUAGCAUUUUUACAAAUCCAGCAACAUUUGAUGAAGAAGGUUAUCUAAGAAUUGAGAAUUUUCAUUCCCAUAGUUGUCCACAAUGUCCUGAUAAUCUUUGCAAGAGAAAAGCAUUAAUUGAAUUUGUUGCUAAUCAACUUAAAUUGGGAGUACAGUAUAAAAAAGUCAUUUACAUUGGUGAUGGAGGAAAUGACUUGUGCCCAAUUGAAAGUUUAAAGGAGAAGGAUGUUGCCAUGGUUAGAAAAGGUUACAGGUUAGAGAAGCUGGUUAAUGAAAUGUUUGAAAGAUUGUUACCAAUGAUAGUGAUAUGGUCUUCAGGUGAAGAAAUCAUUUCUUACUUGAAAAAUUCAUUAAUAACUUAACUAUUUUUGAUUUAUUUGCAAACAAGAUUAUUUGUUAUCAAUUACACAUUAUUCAUAGAACUGCCACAAAUAUCAAAGCACUGAAUCAAAGCACUUGGGCAUCGUAAAUUUUAUGAAUUAUCAAAUGCUAACAAUUCAGGUGUGGACUGAAUUUUUUUGUCAGUUAAUACAAAGGAAUUUGAAUUAGUCAACUAUACCAUUUAAAUUCACCUAAAUGCUUUGAAAUUGUGCUUAAUUUGAAUACAUUAAUAUGUCAAUGGCAUGAAUUUACUUUUUUUUAAACGAGUAUGUUAGGUUUGCUCUUUUAGCUCGAGAAUGAUAGAUUACUCAGGACUCUUAAUGUGGAACAAAGCUGUGUUCCAGUAUUGAGAAGCAGAGAGAUAUUUCAAAAGCCUAUUUGAAGUGCAAUGACAUUUUGAUUUUUUUUUAGAGCUUUGCAUAAAGAUGUUCUUAAUUUUGCAAAAAUUGUCAAUGACCAUGAAAAGCUGUUGUAAUGUGUCUGUGGAAUGCCUAUAUCGGUGUACUGUUUACAGUUGGUAAGAUCUUUAGAUUGCUACGGUUGAUUUUCUUGGUGUGUUUGUGCAAGUUGCUAUCUUGCUUGCUGUAUACUUAAAGGAAUUGUUGUUCUCAAAAUAAUCUUAUGAAUUGGUGCAAGACACACAAAAUGCUGGAGGAACUCAGCAGGUCAGGCAGCAUCUAUGGAAAUGAAUUAGUAGUCACCCUCUGGGUUGAGAUCCUCCUUCUGACUGGAAAGGAAGGAAGAAGAUGUCAGAAUUUUUAAAAAGUUGGAGGGAGGAGGACAAGCUAGCUAGAAGGUGAUAUGUGAAACUAGGUAACCAGGUGGGUGGGAAAGGUAAAGGGCUAAAGAAGAAAGAAUCUGAUAAGAGGAGAGUGGAUCAUGGGAAGAAGGGUGAGAAUCGGGAAGGUGAGGAGAAGAGAUAAGAGGCCAGUGUGGGGAAUAAAAGAAGAGGGAAAGGAGGGGAAAAAAUUACCAGAAGGAGAAAUCAUUGUUCAGGCCAUCAGGUUAGAGGCUUCCUAGACAGAAUAUGAGGUUACUUCUCCACCCUGUGAGUGCCCUGAUCACGGCAAAAGUGAAGUCCUUCCAGGUGAGCAACAACUCUAAAUUGUAAGCUUCAGUCUCAAUCUUUUUUAUGUAAAUUGGAUCAAAUAAUGUAUGUUUAAUUAUACAGAUUAUUUUAAAAACAAUGUAUUUUAGAAAAUUGUGAUGUGAUUUAAAAUAAUGAUAAUAAAUGUUUUAAAUUGUG